ACCGCGAGAACCAUAUUUUUCUGACGCGCGGGCAAUUCUGCGUGAAUCGGUGGAAUGGAUGUCCAAUCUGUUUCGUGUUUUUUUGAGUGGAUAAAUAACUUAACGCUAUAGUUCAGUGAUUUCGAUUAACCGGAAAAAUUAGUUCAACAGAAAGCUAGAUUCGUUAUAAGUAAUAUGCCAAACCGCACCCGUCAAGGCUAGAAGGAACAUUCCCUUUCUCCUUCGCUAGAAAAAGCUCAACAAAAAUAUAAAAAGUUAUGACUAACAGUUUCAAUGCCACGAUGAAAUCGGGAAUUAUCUAUUUUCUUCUGGUAUGUAUAUUUCUCUUCACCACCUUCUACAAUGUCGCAUCGGAUGUCCAGCCACCGGGAGCUGUGUCCCAAACAGUGCAAAUAACCAGUGUGAAUAACGCCUCCAGUAAUGGAAUUUCCGUGGCCUCUACUAAACCUCCGGAUUCGAACGGAACAGUAUCAACAGCUGUAAAUGACCAACAAACUCAGCAGCAGAAAAAGGAACUAGUUGAUACAUCGGGCAAAAAUGCCACCACAACAAUGUCUCCGGAAAAAAAUGCAGUCGAACAGGAGCAUUACAGCUCGAUGUCGAUCUUUUUUGUGCUGUGUGUGAUUGCCCUUGGAAUUCUGCUGAUCCACAUGAUGCUGCAAACUGGAUUCCAGUAUCUGCCCGAAAGCAUCGUUGUCGUAUUUCUUGGCGCUUUGAUUGGAUUAAUUAUUAACAAUUCCUCCAUAAAAAGUAUUAACUGGGAACGGGAGGAAGUAUUUUCGCCAACGGCAUUCUUCCUGGUGCUCCUUCCGCCGAUUAUAUUCGAAUCUGGCUACAAUUUGCACAAGGGAAACUUUUUCCAAAACAUCGGUUCUAUUCUUGUUUUCGCCAUUAUCGGAACAACUAUCUCGGCUCUCGUCAUCGGGAGUGGCGUUUAUUUUUUGGGCCUGGCGGAAGUUGCCUACCGGUUAAACUUUGUAGAAUCUUUUGCCUUCGGGUCACUUAUUUCGGCAGUUGAUCCAGUGGCAACUGUAGCCAUUUUCCAUGCUCUCGAUGUCGAUCCCAUCCUCAACAUGUUGGUGUUUGGAGAAAGUAUCCUGAACGACGCUAUAUCUAUUGUUUUGACGACAACGGUAAUGCCUAUGGUUUCCGGAUCAGGAACGGAGGGCACCGGAGAAUCCAUAUUUUCGGUUCUCAACACAUUCUGUAUGAUGUUUUUCGCAUCGGCCGGUAUAGGAGUGGUUUUUGCGCUUAUGAGUGCUUUGCUUCUAAAGCAUGUGGAUCUUAGAAAGCAUCCGUCGCUGGAGUUUGGAUUGAUGCUGGUCUUCACCUAUGCACCAUAUGUGCUGGCAGAGGGUAUACACUUAUCUGGUAUUAUGGCCAUCCUGUUCUGCGGCAUUGUUAUGUCUCAUUAUACUCACUUCAAUCUUUCGACGGUAACUCAAAUUACCAUGCAACAAACGAUGCGAACGCUAGCCUUUAUUGCGGAGACAUGUGUUUUCGCCUAUCUCGGAUUGGCCAUUUUCAAUUUCAAGCACCGCUGCGAGCUGUCGUUCGUUAUUUGGGCUAUUGUACUGUGCUUGAUCGGACGGGCCUGUAAUAUUUUUCCCCUAGCAUGGUUGGUGAAUCGAUUCCGAGAGCACAAGAUAACCAACAAGAUGGCCUUCAUCAUGUGGUUCUCAGGUCUGCGGGGUGCAAUCUCGUACGCGCUCUCCUUACAUCUACAAUUUUCCAGCGAAGAAACCCGACACGUGGUCAUUACGACCACGCUGAUAAUUGUGCUUUUCACUACCCUUUUCUUUGGUGGUUCCACAAUGCCACUGAUGAAAUUUUUAGCUGGAGGGAAGAAAACGCGCCGCACUAGCUUACGGGCUAGUCGUUUGGGUAAGAAAAAGAAAGAAAAAGCUCUGUCGCUCAGUAAAACGCGCGAAUGGGGUCAGGCUAUCGACUCGGAACAUUUAUCCGAACUAACGGAAGAAGAAGAAGUUAGCUUUACGCAGUCAAAAUUGGUUGGGUUUGCCCGGUUGGAUCGCAAAUUUUUCACACCGUUUUUCACCAGGAGAUUCACCCAUCAGGAACUACACGACUGCAAAAGUCAAAUGGCAGACCUCACCAACAAGUGGUACCAGGCGAUAAGGAUUUCUCCAGACGACCUGGAUGAGGAAGAUGAAGAUGGCGGGGAUGAAGACGUUGUCUCGAUUGCCACAUCGGAGCGCUCGACCAACAUUCUAGUGGAUAACGGUGGUGGUGGUAAUAUGGGGCCAUCCACGGGUGGCAGAACAAAGCAUCAGGGUCAAGGUGUGACCAAUCCCAAACGCCCCCGGUCCUGAUUGUCCCGGAAGGACAGCGACACUGCGUCUUCAUUGUGCAACACAUCGCUGGAUGUGGGAAUGGAAGUUUUUCUGUAAAAAUGUAAGUUUACGAGUCGAGUAUCAAAAGAUGAGGAAGGAAUUAAUAUUAUGAAAACCAAAGCCAAAAACGAUUUCCGCUUAAAAUAAUCCUGCUGUGAGUAAAAGAAUAGUAUGCUUGUAUUAUACUAGGUAUCCACUGCAAAUAUGGCUUGUUAGAUACAAGUCUCGAUACGUAACCGGUAAAGGUUUGUUUUAAUUCAUGUAUAUUUAAACAAUGAUAUACAUAAGCGUAAUAUUAAGUAAAGGUUACAUAUAUCAAAGCUAGUCGAAUCAUCAGUAAAAUGUGUUAUAAACGUAAAUUGAAAAAUUUCUUACCCUAUUUAUUUUAUGUUGUGUAUGAGACAGGCUAAGCAGUUUGCAUCAUUCCUAUCCGCACAAAUGGUUUAUGAAUACAGUUGGUUAUUAAACGGUUUAUCAAAAUAAAUGUAUAUGACUUCAUUAAAUUUUUCCCGCAUCGUGCUGUUCAUGAUCGAAACAAACAUUAGUCUUGCUGUUGAAAAAAGCUCUCAUCUAUUUGUCGUACCUAAUAAAUAAUGUUAAAAGCAUAAAA